AUGUGGAACCCAUANUUUCCCAAAGACCCGGAUGCUAUCAAUAAAUUCUCGGUUAAUAUACCCGAUAAAGCACUCAAUGAUCUGAAACAACGACUAGAGUCGGCCCGAUAUGUGGAACCCAUAGCCGGAACUCAAUUCAAUUAUGGCUUUAAUGGCGAUUAUCUUAAGAAAAUUGUCGACUAUUGGAGGAAUACCUAUGAUUGGCGUAAAUAUGAGUCACAAUUGAAUCAAUUCCCACAAUACAAGACACAAAUCAAUGGCAUUGAUGUCCACUUCAUUCACGUGAAGCCAUCAAAACCGGCAAAAACUGUUAUCCCACUUAUGAUAAUCCAUGGAUGGCCUGGAUCAGUUUGGGAGUUCUAUAAAGCAAUUCCACUACUAAUUGAACCAAACAAUGGCAUCGCGUUUGAAGUGAUCGCUCCGUCAAUACCCGGCUUUGGUUUCUCGGAGGCACCCCAUCAAGAGGGUUUCGAUGUGAUCGCGACGACAAGAGUUUUUGUUAAACUAAUGGCU